UCACUCUGCUCCCUCCCUCCACUACAAGAACUCAUCUCUCACCAUGAGGCUGCUAUUUCUUCUCUUUCUCCUCCUUGUAUGUCUUGCUCAGAAUACAUCAGGGCACAAAAGAAAUACGAAAUUUCAUGAGUGUGAGAAAAUGGGUGGCAUUUGCAAGUAUCAGAAAACCCACGGAUGCUCCAUCCUGCCUGCAGAAUGCAAAAGUCGAUACAAACACUGCUGUAGGUUGUAAUGGCAGCUUGCUGGGAUGUGCAGCACAGCAUGGGAGUAGUCAACUGCUCUGAUCUCUGUGAAAUAAAAACACCAUUAU